AUGACGGGCCGGGAGGAGCCCGCCGAGGGCAGAGCCAAGGGGAAGGCGCUGGUGCCCAGCGCUGCCAGCGAGAAGGCGGCCCGGCUGGGCGCCCCGGCCCUGCGCUCCAAGGGCUUCGCCAUCACCGACCUGCUGGGGCUGGAGGCCGAGCUGCAGCCGCCUGCCGCCCCCGUGGCCGGCGCGGGAUGCGAGGGCGCCGGGGCCGGACUUGGGGGGGUGUCUCUGAGCGGCGGCUCCUUGCCCCUGGGCUUGGGCUUCCUCUGCGGCUUCGCGGCGCCGCCCCCGGCCGGAGCCCCCUGCCUGCUGCCCGCGCACGUCCCGUUCCUGCAGCCCCGGCAGGAGCUGCACCGGGCUCCCGGGCCCCCCGCCGGCGGGCGCCAGGAGAACCUGUCCGACGAGGACAGCCUGUCUGGGGACAAGGCCGAGCUGAAGACACCCACUUCCCAGAUCAAGAGGAAGAAGCGCCGGCACAGGACGGUGUUUAGUGCUCACCAGCUGGAGGAGUUAGAAAAGGCUUUCAGUGAUGCUCAUUACCCAGACGUGUAUGCCCGGGAAAUGCUAGCUAUGAAAACCGAGCUGCCCGAGGACAGGAUCCAGGUCUGGUUUCAGAACCGAAGAGCCAAGUGGAGGAAGCGUGAGAAAUGCUGGGGCAGGAGCAGUGUCAUGGCCGAGUACGGUCUCUAUGGGGCCAUGGUGAGACACUCCAUCCCCCUACCUGAGUCAAUCGUCAACUCAGCCAAAAGUGGGCUGGUGGGCUCCUGUGCUCCUUGGCUGCUUGGAAUGCAUAAAAAAUCCCUGGAUGUUACGAGAAAGCCAGAGAGCGAGGAGAAGAUGACAGGCAGCUGGAGAUUGGAAGGUCCUGAGGAGGAAUUAAAAAUGAAGCCAGCAGAUCACCAGAGAAGCUCUGGUGAUAAACUCAGCUCUAUGGACAAUUCAGAAGAUACAGCGAUUGACCUCUCUAGCACAGCAAAGCAAGAGAACAGGAGUGCUUUGAGGCAAUGUCUCAAAGGAGACCUCCAGACAGAUGGGAAGGACAGAGACCACUAAACUCAGGGAGCAGGGGAGAGUGGGAUGUUAGGAAAAUGAGCCCCUUUAACACUUU